UAUUAAUAACAAAAAAUAGUAAAUCUUGAAUAAAUUAAAUAUUUGAAUUGGGAAGGAAAUUAUGGAAAAAGUAAUUAAAGAGUAGGAAAAUGGAAUGCGUUUUGGAAAGGAGAAAAAUUAAUUGCAGGAGGAUGUUAUGAUGAAUAAGAAUAAAAAAAGAUAGGAAUAUGGAUUGAGUUAGAUGAAAAUUAUUGCACGUAGUUUUAUUCUUAAUAUUAAAAUAGUUUUUGCCAAGUUUUUCAUAUUGGAAAUUAUUAAAAUGGAAAAAAGUAGGGUACCUGGGAAACUAUGUAUUUUGGGCAAAUAAUGUAGACAUAUUCAUAAUUUUUAAGUGGUGGAGGAUUUUAUAAUUAGUAAGAAUAAAAACAUGGAAAAUGGAUUGAUUUACAUCUAAAUUUCAAUUAGUUUUAUUUUAUCUAAUAUUUAAAGCUGGAAUUAAAUUAGCUUUUAAGGCGAUUAUAAAAAUAACAUCAAAUAAGGUUAAUGGAAUACCAUAUUUAAAGGAGAAAUUAUGUAUUAAUAUUAAUAAAAAUAUUAGUGGAGGAGGAUAUUAUGAUUAAAAUGGGCUUUAGAAUGGUGAAUGGAUUGAUAUAAACGAAUUUUUUUGCGAGUAUAUUUUUAGGUAAUAAUCCUAGUAAUUACAAUAAUAUAACAUACGUUGGAGUAUAUGAAAAUGGAGUAAAAAAAGGAAAAUGGCAUACAAUAUAAAAUGGCAAGAUUAUGUAUCAAAGAGUUUUAUAAUCUAAGUGGAGGUGGUAAUUUUGAUGAUUAUGGGAUGAAAAAUGGGAAAUGGAUAGAAGUGAAUAAGAAUUAUAAUAAGUAAAUUUAACAUAAAAAUUAAAGAGGAAAUUUAAUGAUUGAAGUUGGAACAUAUAUAAAUGGGAUUAGAUUAUAUUAAUGGAAUUAUGUGUAUUAAGGAAUAGAAAUGUAUUAAUUAUUUAGCAUUUUAUAAGUGGGGGAGGUUGUUAUAAUGAAGAAGGAUUAAAAAAUGGAGAAUGGAUAGUUUUACAUAAUAAUUUUAACUAGUUAAAUUUAUUAAUACUAUUAGAUAAAUUGAUAUUUAAUAAAAAGGUAUUUAUUGCAAAGGAAAAAAAUAAGGAUUAUGGAUUACUACAUACAAAGGAGAGAAAAUGUAUUUAUAUUAUUAUGCUUAGUGGAGAAGGUUAAUAUAAUGAAAAUGGUUUAAAGGUAGGAAAAUGGAUUGAGUUAGAUGAAUAAUUUAGAACGUAUUUUAGUUAAAAUAUUAAUUAGUUAUAAAUAAGUUAUUCAUAUAGGAGAAUAUUAAAAUGGAAAAAAAUAUGGAUAAUGGAAUACAUUAAGAUUUGGAAAUAUAAUGUAUGAAUAUAUAUUACAAUUAUAAGAGGUGGUGGUUAAUAUGAUGAAAAAGGAUUAAAGAUUGGUAAAUGGGAAGAUCUGGAUGAUAAUUUUUGCAAGUAGUUCUAUUUUAUUAUUAUGAAAAUAGUAUUAAAUAAGUGACUUAUGUUGGUGAAUAUAAGGAAGGUAUGAAAUAUGGAAAAUGGGAAGCUAUUCGUUUUAAAGCAAUAAUGUAAGAAAUUAGAUUCACAAAUAGUGGUUAUGGAGAAUAUAAUUUAUUUGGCUAAAAAUGUGGUAAAUGGUUAGAUUUAGAUGAUAAUUAUUAUAAGUUAAUAAAGAUCAUUUAAAUUAAAUAGUUCAAAUUAAAUGACUAGAACAGGAUUCUAUCAAAAUGGUUUAAAAUAAGGAAAAUGGGAAGUAUUUAACAAAGGACUAUUUAUGUUAAUAUAAUUUAAAUUAUAUUAGAGGCAGAGGUAAUUAUGAUGAAAGUCACUCUAAAGAAGGAAAAUGGAUAGAACCGAUUAACAAUUUUUCAAAGUUUAAUUUUAAUUAUAAUUUAGUUUAAAAGAAAUUAUUUAUGAAGGAUCUUAUUUGAAAGGUCAAAAAAUUGGGAAUUGGAAAGGAUUCUAAUCAAAUAAAGCAGUGUAUAUAAUAACAUAUUUAUAUCAGAGGAGGAGGAUCUUAUAAUGAAAUGGGCUUUAAACAUGGCAAUUGGACAGAUUUAGAUGAUAAUUACUAAAUGUAUGUAUCAAUAUAUUGAAAAUAGAUUCAGUUAAAUAACUUAUAGUGGGAAUUAUAUGAACGGAAGAAAGAUUGACAAUUGGUAUAUAUUAUAUAAAGGCCAUGUUAUGUAAAACUUAAUUAAUUAUUUAAGAGGAGGUGGCUCACAAAAUGAACUUGGGCUUAAAAAUGGAAAAACAAUAGAAAUUCAAGAUAACUUUUAAAAGUUUUUUUUAAAUAAUAAUUCAUUAGAUAUUGCCAAUUAACAUAUGCUGGCGAGUUUUAGAAUGGUAAAAAGUAAGGGAGAUGGUUUAUUUUAUAUUAAGGGCAUGUUCUGUAAAUGAUUCUUGAAUAUAAUAGGGGUGGAGGAAACUAUAAUGAAAAAGGCUUAAAGAAUGGGGAUUGGAUUGAACCUGAUGAUAAUUUUCUUGAGUAUUCAUUUUUUUUAUUCUAAGCUGGAACACAAAAAUUCACAUGA